CCGGAGCGGGAGCUCGGAAGAAGCGAGGGGCUCGGUGAAGCCGGUGGGCCGGCCGGCCGGCUGCUGCUGGGCCGCGGGGGCGAGCGGCGGGGUUGGUCCCAGGCCGCCUCUGCCCUGGCCUGCAGCCUGAGCCGGGCUGGGGAGCAGCGCUGCGAAACGCCGCGGCUCUUCAACGCUUCCUGCUGCGCUUGACCCAGCCCUGGUGUCUUCCCUGCGAUCGGAAGGGGUCGCGCAAGAAGUUGCCCAAAACCAUAUCGAGAAGCCUGGGAGAGAAUUUAAUCCCUUUUGCAAAAGCCACGGACUCUGCCGAGGUAGCUUGUUGCUGUAAUCCGCCGUUUGAUCUGAGCUAGUUUAUCCCGUGUGGUUGGCAGGCUGCGUACGAGUCCUGGGGAGACGCUUACACAGCACUUGCUACUGCGGGCCUGUAUUUCAAUCAAAUAGAAACACAAGAAACCCCCUCACCUCUACAGAGCUCAGCACACAGCCUUCAGCGCUCUUCCUGGAGAGGGUUCAAAUUCAUGUUUCUCUUUUCCUCAGCAGGCCACAAGCCUAGUCUGCAGGCAUGAAUUAGAGCGUUUCUGGCAGAAAGAAGAAUGUUUUAUUGUGUUAAAUUCCAAUCUAUCCCAUUUCCACCUUUUUUUCCUUAUUUUGGAAAGCAAAAACCUCUUAACUGCAGGGGCAGCCUGCCCUGCAGGGGGAGAUGGCUCGGUGCAACUGGAGCCAGCCCUCCCCAGUGCCGGAGCAGAAUUGGGCCCUGUUCGUGGGGCUGCCUGUGGAGGCUGGAAGCUGAGAGGCUUUGCAAGGCUGGGUGUUGGCUGUGCAGGUGGAACGGCCUGUGAAUGAGCUUUCCUCCGUGCACAUGUGCAAGAGGGGAAAAGAAAAAUUCCAUUUUGGGGGAGGAAAAAAGAGGUUUCUCUUGGAGAUAGUUGACAAGGACAGCAGCGGCUGGAGGAAGGCUGUUGCUUCAUGCUGCCAUAAACCUCUAGGCUGUGCAGCAAGGACCCAGCAGACAACACAGAGUUUGUGACCUGUGGAACAAGUGCUCCACUUAAAAAAUGUGCUUUCUUUUUGUCUUUUAAUAAACCUACAUGAACUGACCACAGCUGCUUCUGAAGGGUUUUCAUGCACCAAGAUCUCUCCAAAGCCCCUAGUGUGUUAAAUCUCCGGCAGUGCGGAGAAGCCGCUGUGCUUCUGACGCAAGCAGGGGAGCCCUGUGGAUGAGGUGGGGAUGUCUCUGACGUGAGCGAUUCAAACAACUCGCUAACUACUGCUCUUGGGGUUGACGCAAGGGAUCUGCAACAGUCUGGCUUUGAUCCUGCGAAGCUUGUAAGUUCUGGGAUGAUAAAUGGCAUGUGUUUCUGCUGCUCAGUUGUUAUUACUGGCGUAACCUGUAAUCAGAUCCACACAGUUUUGCAGCUUUAAUGCUGCUCUUCAUCUUAGAGUUUUGCUUUUCCCAUUACUGUCUUGGAAAAAGUACUGGAUCGUGUCUUGCUCUUUGCUAAACAGAUCGAGUUUCCCUACUUGAACUCCUGACUGUAGUGAAAACUGCCCUGGGAAAGAGGACUUUUCUCCUACAAAUGACAAAUGUGUCACAUUCUAAAGUGACAUUUGGUUGCGCUCUGGAGGAGUUGUAAUUCUCUUGCUGUGAAUGCUCUGUGGCACGUGUUGUGUCUGCACCAGAGGGUUAAGUGUCAUUUAAGAAGAACCUGAUGUUUUGAAGAGAUCUGUGUUAACAGAGGCAAAAUAGCAAGGGGGAGGGGAGGGGAAGGGAAAGGACAGCUGUAGCAGCAGAAUGUGGAUAUUUCUCUGAGCUGGGUACCUGUGUUAUCUUUGGUGUGAUCUGGGUUACAAACUGCGUCCUUACCAACAUCAUAGGGACACAAGCAGGAGCAGAGGUACCCCGGUGUCAGAAGGGGAUGGUCUGCUUGAGGCAGUUCUCGCCAGCCCGUGGCUGCAGCCUUAUAUCAAGAAAGAGUUAUGAGCUGCAGAUGACCCAGCAAAACAAUAAGCUUGUGUACAGAGUGCAGUCUGAGUGUAUUUGGAAAGGAAAAUCUCCUCAUUUAGGGGGAUAUUUUAUGUGUUAUUUCCUCUUGGCUGGACCCCGAUGUAAGCAGGACUGCAGAAAAGGGAAAAAAUGACCCAAUAAUGUCUUAGUGUUGCAGCAGGUGACUGCCUGGCAAGUUUGCUGCAGUGCCGCGCUGUACAUGGGAUCAAAACUGAACAGUCUGCUCGUGGAAGGCAGCCACGAAGGGAACAUUGCAUCUUAUUCAGAGCAUAACUUGGAAGCUGUUUUGUCAUUAUUGAUUGCAGCUUGGGGCUUCAACAAUUUCUGGCUGACAGGAAGGAAACCUGUAAGGUGCUUAAACAAACAAACAAGAACCAAAACAGCCCAAUGCUGUGUUUGGGUUCCUAAAAUGGCCAGUCAGAAUCUGAUUUCAUCAUUCUAUGAAAGAUAUAAACAUGUUGAACAUCAAAUCUAAGUUACGAUACAUUGCUAGAAACUUUCCAGGAAGAACUGGUGCCUGGUGAGAUUACAAAUGCUGUGGUUUGGUAUUUUAUGGCUGGAAAAUGAGUUAAACCUUCCAUCACACUGACACUUAAAUGGCUUCUGUCGCCAGUCUUCAUACGUCUGACUGUAUGCAGUUCUCUGUGCUUGUCGGGCAGUUCUAGCUGACUGGUAAUGAUAGUUUGUCUCUUGGAUUGAACUGUGGCUUGGCACUAACCGCUUGCUGCACAAGUUUCACUGGUUUGAUUCAGAUCAGAUCUGUAAAUCUGCACUGUAGCUUCAGGAGAAGAGGAAAGUCAGUCCCCCAUGAAGGUGAGUAAAGCUGUGUUUGUCCUGAGCGCAGCAUUGUUACUGUGGGAUGGGAAAGGGUAUUCAUUCCUCCUUGGCUUUGAUCCAGGACUGCUCCUAGCUCAUCCUAUUGCUUGGGGUAAGUGGCCUUUAAAGCUUGGGGAGUGAUGGAAGUGCCCACACCAGCAAAUGGAAUUCGUACGAGAUGCAGGUCCUGGCUGUACUGCAGCACUCUGUCAGCUGUAUGGCUUCAGUUCGGGUCUGUCGCAUGUGGUUUCUAAUUAUUUCCUUUUCUAUGAAGUCUUUCUCCCAUGUUUUCUCCUGGUGAGGCCUCCCAUCCCCAGGCAGAGAGCUGGUGCUGGCUACGAGAUCUAGUGCAUGCAGUGUGUGUUAAUAUGCAGCAGCACAGGAUCCUGUCGCUGCCUAUUUCCUUGCAAGGUCCCUGGAUGCGUUAAACUUUCUGGUGAAUUGUUUUGUGUCCUCUACCAGCAGGAGACAAAAUGCCGGCUGCUAGAGGACAGUAAAAUCAUCUGAAAUGCACACUAUCGUUUUCUGCUUGUCUUCAAUUAAACUGAUUACCAGACUUCUUUGUCUUUCAGAGCUCUGACCGUUUCACAUGCUGCCAGCACGUACUUUGGCAACUGUGGGCCAUGGGAUUUCCUGCAUUGUUUGAGUCUUUGCCAUUGACCUUUGUGGUCGUUGUUUUGGCACCGCCUCUGCUCUGGCAGGGGUGCAAAGGGCAUUAUUCAAACCCUGAAAGAAAAGAGAAAGAAUUGCUUUAAAGGCAUUGAGGGCUCUUUGUCAUCGGUGGCUCCUAGGGUCAUUCCUGCAAAAGAAGGGGAAUUGCUGGGGCUGUCAGGAUAAUUACCACUUUUUUUAUUGUUCUCAUCCCAGUCUAGAUGACAAGGGUGUGAUUUAUAGUGAGUCAUAAAAAUACGCCUUCUAUACAGCGUUACGAUGGUGUCCCUUUUGGACUAAAUGGGGAGAAGCCUGGUUUUGGUUCUUCUCGGGAAGUCUCAUAGGUGCUGGAAGCACUUGGCCGUGCCCUGGCGGUUUGCUGGCUCUGUACUGGGGGGCUGUGGAGGGCUCCGCUGGAGAGACUGGUGGGGUUGUGCUGGAGCCUUGUCACAGCCCGUGCCAUGGACACUGGUUACCACAGCAUUCGAGAAGAUCCACCUCUCCCUGCUGCUGGAGACAGGCAUGCCAGAGAUGCACAAGCCAUCUGCCUCAUCACAAGGGAGGUCGCGUAACCCAUUCCUGCUGCUGUCCCCCAUCGCUGCGGUGGUGAUUGCUCUGCUCUGCCAGGAGUCAGACUGACAUGCACGGGAGGCGGCAAGAAGUCUUUGCAGCAAAAGGAGCUUUUGUCGUGUUUUUCAUGAGUGGGACCUACAGACCAGUCAGUCCAUUCUGUGUAGACACUGUAGCCUUCUUUGUCUGGGUCUAGCAGAGCUGAAUUCCUCCUCCUCUGAAGAAAUAGUGCUGUUCCUGCAUCCCAUGGUCUCUCCCUGUUGCUCCAUGUGGGAGAGUUCUGGUACCAACGGCGCUUUGUAUCCAGCUCUGUGACAAUACACUGAUUUGACCACCUCCCAUUAAAUGUUUCCAGCGUGAAUAUCAGGUGAAGGGGGAGAAGGGUGUCUGAAUACCGAUGAAUGAGCUGCAAUGGAUAACAAAGACUCGGAAGCUGAGAUCCACCCUCUGAAGACUGAGGACGUAAAGGCUCAAGAGAACCAUGAAAACUCUGUGGAGAGAAGAAUUGUCAGCAAGCAGUCAUCGCGACUUUCACGGCUGUCACGGUGGCGCACUGCCGCCUUCUUCAUCUCAUUAUUUCUGUGUCUGAUAAUUGUGUUUGCUUUCUCAUUUAUCAUUCCUUGCCCAGAGAGGCCAGUUUCAGAAAGAACAUGGUUCCGAAACUAUGACAAUGCAGUGGCCUACCAGUUUCUUGCUAUAGAAGAUGCGAACGAAGACAAAGUGCAAGAUGUCGUCUUUGCUUUCAAAGCUAGCAAUGGCAGCAGCAGCUUCAACAAAACCUGUUCGGAUGAAGGUCUGCCUUCUCCAUGUGCCUUCGUUGCUGCUGUGUCUGGCGCAAAUGGCAGAGCGCUCUGGGAGAGGCCUGCUGCCGAGGAAGUUGAGUGGAUGGAGUGUGGCAUCAAGCAGCUCGGGGCAGCUGAGGCCCAGGGUUGCCUGGUCGUGGGGAAGCCGGUGUCUCUUACCGCAGUUGACCUGCGGACAGGGGAAGUUCGGUGGAGACAGUCCAGUGACUUUGGAGCUAAUUAUACUGUGCUGACUCCCGUGUCGGUGAUUCCAGAUGUGGAUAGUGAUGGACUUCAGGACCUGAUAAUCUUUAUUGCUACAGGAGAUAAGAUUAAGACCUUCAUCCAUUCAGGAAAAAAUGGCAAACAGAUCGGCUCCACUGGAAGCCUGAACAUGGAUGGGAAAGCUCGCUAUAUCAGGCUGAACCUGGACUCUUCCUACUACUUCCUUUUCUAUACAGAAAACUCUCUCUAUGCAUAUUCCCUGAAAGAUCUCUACAGUGCAGCAACUGGGAUGGAAAUUAAGCUUCCCAGCCUUGAGCAAGAUCCUCAGUGGGAGAAGAACAUUGACCACACCACACACCACUUAUCCCUUCUCAGCUUUGGAGACAUUCGUUACCUGGCAAAAAUUCCUGGGCGAUCACGGGAGAACAUCUUGGUUGUAAACUCAGAGAUGGCUACGCUAAUCAAUGCACAAAAUCUUCAGACUUUGUGGACCCUCAAUGUCUCCCGUGUUGUGAGUGAGCCGCUGCUUGGUUACUACAAACCCGAUGUUCUUGGUAUUGUCCUUGAGAGUGAAAUUGGACCCAACAGGAAGAAGGUUAUGAUUGUUGAGAGUGGAUCUGGAGCAGUCCAGUGGGACCUGAAGCUAAACUCGAGAGCAGAGAGCCCUGGGCCAGCCACACUUUCUACUGCUGAUCACCGCUCCACCUUCCUCAUCUGGGGUGAAUACCAGGUGCCAGGAAAUGAAACGAGAUCCAGAGCUCCUCUCCAGAAGCUGUAUCUUUUCCAUCCUUCCUACACUAAUGUCCUGUUGGAGCUCCGCAAUAGCACAGACCAAAUAAUUGCAUUCAAUGCCGCACUGUUUGAGCGGAGCCGUCAUGCCUGCUACGUGCUGUUGAGGGGACCUCAAGCCAGUGAGGAGCCAGGGUCAGUGUCUCUGAUGAAGCGUAAGCUGAAGGAGGAUGUCUCCGAGAGCAGGGUGAUCUGGCUGAGCCAGGUGGCUGUGGACAGUGAGCAGUAUGUCCGGGACCGCCUCUACAGGAUGCGAUUCCACAGCCGAGUGUGAGCUUGCUGAGGGAGGGGUAGAGUCUGCCCUGGGCCAGAUGUCUCCAAGCUGCCUCUCCUCUGCAGCCGUGCUCUUUGCAAACCCAGAUCACGGAUUCAAAUGGGAAGCUACCUUUCUUGAUCCGCAAACCAAAGUGUGGCUGGCGGGGAAGCACCCCCAGUGUCUGGGGAUGCCCAGGCUGUGGGGGCAGCUGCCAGUGCAUCUGUCCUCAGAGCUGAUGGGACUUCAGUGCUUGGCCACCACUGAAGUGUCGUCAGCUUGGGGAAGAGGGCUUUCCCCUUGAUCCUUCUGUGCCCGCAGAACUGUGCUGACUCAGCCUGUGUCUGGAGGAAAACACGUGCUUGCUGGGGAUGCCGGAAUUCAUUAUUUCUUGGGUGCUUGUGUGAGAAGUGGAGCUUCGAUGUGUGGUGUUAGAUUUCCUUUCUGAGUCAGCUCUCCUGGCUGUGGGGGAGCUGCUUGGCCGCAGGUUGAUUUGCGAUUGCCCUCUCCUGGAUUUGGGUCCCUGCUUCAGUAGUCAUGGGGUGUGUGUAGUGAUAGACCACAGCCGUGGCUGAUGAUGUGGCUAGGUGUUACCUGGGCCAGCAGAGUGCAGGUUAAAGUGUCAUUGUACUUAGAAAAUGACCUUUUCUCCUAAGAACAACUCCAUGUGCCCUACUCUGCAGUCAGGAGCCUACCUGUUUCUGUCUCUUCUGCUGCUUCCUUUCCAGCCAGGCUGUGCAGCAUUGGUGACAGAAAGGGAGCUGGUCUCCCACCUGAUUUAUGCAUCAAUGUUCCUCCCUGCCCCCAGUCUGAUUAUAGGAGAUAAGAAAUCCACCCUGAGCCCAGGCUGGCUGGUCCCUGCCCGUACAGACACCACCUCUCCUGCUGGUUUUGAGGUGCCAGAGGAUCUAGGACAUUUUUUCAGAGUACAAUUGCACUUUAACCAAUCCUGGGAGCUGGGCUUGCCGCUCUGGGGAGCCCUGUACCCGAGUGGCAAUGCCAGCUGCCCUGCAAAUGCUCCUUCAGCCUUGUAGCUGCUGAGGAGCCUUCUCCAAGCACUGUCCCCUCUGCCAGGAGGUGGGCAGGCUGUAAGACGGGCAGGCUGUAAGACAGGCAUGAGCCACGCGGGGAAACAACGCAAGCUCUCUUUGCAGCACAGCUCCAGAGAGAGCUUUGGGCUGCCUCCCUGCACUUGGAAUUGAAGUGAUGCUGGGUGAGGAUCUUCAGGUGCUGUUCUCUCUGUCCAGCCUGGUAGCCUGAGGGAAUGGGACAUGUUGCUAUGUGAAGAUGAUGUCUCCCCUGGAGACUUCUGUAGCGUGGUGUGUUUGCUCUGCCCUGUUCCUUGGCAGGCACCAGUGUGGACUGUAGAAGUGAGGUGCAAAGCCUGGAAAAUGGUUUGAAUUUGCUGCUUAGUCCUGAAAGCUGCAGUCCCCACACCAGCCGCACUGAGGUAUGAGCCCUGUCCCUACACUGCUGGGCAUCCGUCUGACUGGUGAGAGGAAGGUGGACAGAAAACACACACCAUAAAAAUAACCUCUCUCAAGUUUUGCAUUGCUGGGGCUGGGGGUUGGCCAGUGCCUCCCUCCCUUGCCUAGUCUCAGAUUGGGGUGUGUGUAAAAAUACUGUAGGAUGAGAAACUUAAUGUCAGGUUGUGCAGGGUUGGGCAUCAGUUCUGCUCUUGUGGCAGCCGCUGAGCUUUAACCUGCUGCAGGGCAGCUGCUGGCUCAGGCAGCUGGUGUCACCCAGGCUCAUGCCCACAGCCUCAGCUCUCCCAGCCUUGCAGCAAAAUGAACUGUAGGAUCAGUGGUCUGCCUGGACGCUAACCUCCUGCUUCCAGCUGGCCUGGUAGUUGCCUAAAGGGUGCCCUGGCACCCUCUGCCCUGUGACCAGUAGCUCGGGCAGACAAGGGUGCCAUGUAGGAUGAGUGCUGCUGGCCUCUGCAGAGGUGCACUGGUGACAGAGUCCAGUCCUGGGGCAUCUGGGCUGUGCAAGAAGCUGGAGGUGCUCCCAGAAGAGCAUUCCACAACACCUGAUGCACCCUGAACUCAAAAUGGUUGGCUUCCCCCUCUCUUCCUCUCUUUCCAAACUGUUUUCUGAGGAAGUCUGGGGGUGCAGGGAGGCUCCCCCACUGUGUCCCCUUCCCCUAGCUUAAGUCACCUCUUUGCUCAGCAUGGUAAAGUCCUGAAGCCUAGCAGCCCUGCAAGCCCCUGUGCCAGCGUUGCAGCAUUGCAGGGAUCACAGGCUGCGCCAGCGCUGCAGAACCCAAGUUGCGAGGGCUGGAUUCAGCCUGCCCUUCAGUUGGCUGGGGCAGAGAUGGGAGCAUGGCUGUGGGAGCUGGGCAGUGGGAGCCCCAGGCUUGCGUGCUAGUCUGACCUGAGUGCUGGAUGCAGAUUGCAUCCCACUGAAAUUCCCCUGGCAGGGAGCAAGCUGCCUGGGCUGUAUUCUCACCGCAGUCACACGGUCUCAGCACUCUCCCUCCUCUGAUCCCUACCCAGACCUGACCUUUCCCAUAGGCACACUGAAUGUUCCUUCAGGAGAGCUGGAUUUUUGGCUUUGGGGGGCUUUUCUGGCUUUAAGUUGUACAUUAAUGUUUCCAGGUACUUUGGAAACGCAGAUUUCCCUGUGGCAGCUCAAUUAAAUGCAUCAGUGCCAAACCAGCACCUUCUUAACAAAACAAGUCCUUUUUUUUCCAGCUUAUUUCCUUGUGUAAUUGUUUUUUUGCAGUAUUUAAUGAAUGACUUUGUGCCUUGAUUCAAUAACUCGGAUGGGUGAUGAUGGCAUAUAUCACUGUGUUAUGUAUUAGUGUGUUUUUUAACACUAAGACUGUUUGGUUUGGUUCUUUAACUUAUUGCAAAUUGUGCCCUAUAGGACUUGGUCUAACCGGAAUGGUUUCAAUAAAUCCACUUUUGCAUUGUUUGUAAA